UUUGAAUAACUUUUUUCGUUUUUGAGUUAUCUUUCGGCAAAGGUGCGAAUAAAACCUGAAUUUCAACGUUUUGUAAAAAAUGUCGAGAGCUCUAAUCCGUGGCAUGGGACUUACUUGUGACGUCAUUUAAGGAAUACAGACUAACUACCAAAACAACUUACACUUUUUAUGCAUGUAAACAAACACAAAAAUGCCAGAUCGAUGUGUAGUUUUUGGUUGUUCUAACGUAGCCAGUUCGGAGAAAGUCAUUUCACUUCAUCGCAUACCACUUUAUAACGACGAAAGAAGCGAAGCUAAGCAUAGGAGAAAGCGAUGGGUCAACUUUGUGAAAGCUGCUCGCGAUAAGUGGGUCCCUACAAAGAAUUCCGCAGUUUGUCGGAAAAGAUUCGUUUUCUCGGCAAUUCGGCUCGUUUUUUGAAUCAGAAAGUAAUUUUGCACCUCAACUCAUUCGAGACGAAUUCGGAAUCGUUGCUUACCCGAGCAUUUAUCCUCGAAAAGAUGACAAUGAACUUACAACAAGAGAUCGCAGAAUGAUGAAAAGAAAGUGGAUUUCUGAUUAUAUAAGAGAGGUUGGAUCAGAAAAUAUUCCCAGUACAAGUAGCGAACCUCAAGAGCAAAUGAAAGAAACAACUUGUGAUGAACCUGUAUUAGAGAAGGAAGUAGCUGUGCAAUGUGAAUUACAAUGCCAAAAUUGUUUAAAACUUGAGAAAGAGAAACGUCGUUACAGGAACUUAUGGCUUGGGGCAAAGUAUAAGCUUCAGUGUAGCAGAACUUAUGCAAGCAGUUCUAAUAUGGAUAUGCUUGCAAUGGAUGAGUAUUACAACAACCGCAGCAAUGAAGAAUCAUCAACUAGGAGCAAAGUGGUUGAUGUUGAUAGUUGUCCUGCUGAGGAGGUUUUGGACCCAAAUGAUCUUAGUGGUGACUCAGACUCAGAGAGUGAUCUUGGUGCUAAACAAAGUUAUGAGACUGAGACAGAAGAGAUAAUCACAUCUAGUGACAUGGAUGUCGACUCUGAAUCAGAGCAGCCAAGAACAUUUAAAUGAGUGCUCAACAAAGACACCAACCUGAGAACAGAGAAAAAAUUCAUUGCGUUCUUCACCCAACUGUUUGCACUUUUCAAAUUCUGCCCAAUUUGCAAAUCAGAUGAUGUUCUUGUUGAAAUAUUGCAAAAUGGUUCAAUGGCAAAAGUGAAAGUUAGUUGUUCCAAUCAAAAAUGUGGAGCAGACUUCAAUUCCUGCUGGAAAUUUGCUAUUGUCAUUUGGUAUUUUGACUUCUGGAGCCUCUGCCACAAAGGUGAUCAGAGUUCUACAGCACAUGGGAUUGGCAUGCAUUUCAUUGAGUACAUACUUCUCUCACCAGAGUGAAAAACUAUAUCCUGCAUUGGUGAUCUACUGGAAAAA